AUGAAACCCGGGCAUUGCGGCUCCUGCUGGGCCUUCAGCGCCACGGGGGCUCUGGAAGGGCUGCUCUUCAAGAAGACGGGCCAGCUGGUCUCCCUGAGCGAGCAGAACCUCAUGGACUGCUCCUGGAAGCUGGGCAACCAGGGCUGCCACGGGGGCUACAUCAGCCAGGCCUUUGAGUACGUGCGGCAGAACGGAGGCAUCGAUUCGGAGCAGGAUUAUCCUUACCGGGAGAAGGAUGAAAUCCACUGUUACUACAAGCCGGAAACCCGGGUGGGCAACUGCACGUCCUUAGUGCGGAUUCCGCCGCAGAACGAGACGGCUCUGGAGCAAGCUGUAGCCACGAUGGGACCGAUAUCCUUGGGGGUGGACGCUCGGAGUUUCCAGUUCCAUUUCUAUAAGUCGGGUAAGGAGGAGGGAGGCCGUUGGGAAUCUGUAGUAGUCUGCUGGCUGUAA